AUGGAUCAACGUGCUUCUCAAAUGAAGAAUAUGCGAGUACCUUGGUUGCAUUGUAAUAAAUGUUUGAGAGAAGCAGUUGAAAUCCAAAAACCUAUGUUUAUCACCAAAUGUAGUCACAUCAUAUGCAUCCAGUGCGCUCAAAGGCAGAAUGAAUCUGCAGAUAAGAAGUGUGUUGUCUGUGGUAAGCCUAGUGGACUCAUCGAGUUAGGCAAACUUCCUCCAAAUGUAGCGGCUAUGUACUUCACUGAACCAUAUCAGUUCAGCUCAGUCAGGAUGGAAAACUUGAAAAGAAUGCUCACAUUCCAGAAAAAGGCAAUGGAUCAUUUGGAACACUCACAAUUGAAUCGUUUUAAGAAAGAGCAGGAAGAGAAUCGCAUUUUACGCGAGAAGGUGAUGGAGAUGCGUAAACGAACUAGCAGCUUAGAAAGUGUGCGGAGACAAAAAAUGAAACGGAAAAUGUUAGAGGAGAAAAGAGGAAGCUCUUGCGUUCCCGCGGGGACUAGCAAGAAAGUUUCUGACGAUUUCUUCAGCUUCCAGAAGAGCACAUUCAAUAUAGCAACACCCCACCACUCGAGAAAUCCUUCUCAUCAACGGCGACCACCUGAUGAGAAACAGUUAAGCAGAGCUUACACCGACCACAUGCUAAUGCGAGAAAAAAAAUCCAGCAAGAGUAGAACUGGGGUCUUUUUCUGA